UGAAAUCGGGGGUCGCUGUGAGGUGGUGGAAAAAGAGGCUCGGGGUAGAAACAGAGAUGAGAGGGAUGAGAAUGAGCGGGUAGAGAGGGUAGUGGUGGCGCUCAUGGUAUCCCCCCAGAGCAGUCCAACUGUGCCGCGGAUUCAGUUUCGAAACACCGACUCGAUGUCGAGGACUGCUCGGUGCCGCGUCACACGUUCUUUCUUUACAGCUGUUGUUGUUAUCUCGGAUAUACGGUAGAUUAAUGAUUAUAUUGUUGUGCUCGUUUAUCCCAAUUUUAUUAGAAGAAAUUCAUUUUUUCAGUCAAGUUUAGGCGGUUGGAGGAAUUAAUUUUAAAUUAUUGAGAAUAUAAUUCUUUAGUCUAUGAUAGAAAGUAUUUGAUAAAUUGAAUGGGAUUCGUAUUUUUUCUUCACUUCUUUUUAUUAAAUUCAUUUAUUUGAGCAAGCAGUGAUGAGGGAUAGUUGUGACAAUGGCGAUAAGCCCACGAGGAUAAUAAAAAUAAUUCAAUUACAUUGUACUCUAAUCUAUUUCGUUGGUAUUUAAUUUGAAUAAUUGAUGGUAAUCGAGCCUCGAGUUAUUUCACUGUCCAUUGGUCGUGAAUAAAAUAUAAUUCACUCGAUAAAUUUAUAUUUAAUUGUUAUUCGGGUACUGUAGCUGUGUAAAUUUGUACGAAACACAUGUGUAAUAGAGUGAAGGAAUUAACUGUUCGUUUCCGCCCGCAUUAAGGACUCACAAUCAUCUCACAAUGCGCGGAAUUAAUUCAAAGUGACAUUGAAACACAAAUAGAGGCAAUUUUCGAGUCACGAGAAAUCGUGAAAAGAAACAUUCGUAUUAAAGAGUUUCCAUUUCAUUUAAACGGUAACACAAAGCACUUGAUGAAAAGAAGAGAAGCUCGAGGGGUUUAUCUCCAGUAAAUCACUCGUCUCGUUGUUCAGUGAACUCAAAGGCUUGUGUGGAAUUGAGAGUGAUAUUGUGUGGGUGAAAACACCGGCCUCUGGACCACUUAUUAAACGCAGUAAGAUAGACAACGGUGCGUGAUAUAAAAUAAAAAUUAAAGUCAGCAGUUGAGAACAGUUUUUUUUUUUCUCCUCAAGGUCUCUAAUUAUGUUGAGUGUUGACGUGAUUAUCAAUGAAUGUGCCGUCGUUACUGCGUGGAUACGUUUUCUAUCAUUAAAAAUUGUGAAUAUUUUCUUUUAAAUUGUUUUGAUUUUUUUGGAGGAGGAGGAGGGAGGGGGGAUAAAUCUGGUUGGUGUAAUCACUGAAAAUCAGUGAGGGACCACGAGGUAACAAUAGAAGCGUACAAGUUCGUAGUGAUGCCGUGAUGGGGCGCGGCUCGAGCUCCUUCUUCAUAACCACAACCCUCGUGGGCGCACUUGUCUCAAACAUCCUGAUACUCGAGACAUCCGGAGCUAAUCGUGUACGACAAUAUGGCUCAACGGAUUCACCAAAAGGAGGUGGAACUAUCAAUGAAGCCGGAGUUUUUGCCCUUCGUGGUAGACAAGAGGGCAAUAGAAGAUCCAGAAGAACCACCACUAGCACACCGAGAACGACCGCCUUAGCCGUUGCCCCAACGACAGUGACCUCAACAUCUGAGGAUGUUGCUCAACCCGCAGCACUUCUAGCGCCAGAUGAUCAAACAUGGUUCGUCGCUUCUACUCCAACACCCGAAAACUUUCCAUUAUCAAUAGGCACUUCUAGACUACCACCACUUGAGAUUGUUGUCAAACCAGCGGACAAAGUCGUCUUGCCAUGUGAACUCGGAGGAAACUAUUCCACAUUGCUGCCAAUCACAAGCAGGAGUUAUCGGGCGAGACCUGCCAAGUGGCUGCAUUAUGAGAAACCAGUGGACAUGAUAACAAUAAACACGGAGAAAGAGAUAAGUGGAACAGGUCACCGCUAUAUCGGAGACUCCAUCUCAGCGUCUCUACAUAUUGAUAGUGCUAAACUCGAGGACGACGGUCUAUGGAAGUGUAUCAUAGAAACUGAUCGGGGGGAACUACUCGCUGGGCGGCUGGUCAAACUUGUCAUUCUGGAGGCGCCACGGGGGACUUAUCUCCUGAUAGAUGGAAGACGUUUGGACCCGGGAAAUCAGUUUGUACCGGUGAAGGAGGGCUCAGAUCUGACACUGGAAUGCGCUGCUGAGGGUGGCAAUCCACCUUCAAUCUUGUCCUGGGGUAUGACACUCUCUCAAACAACUCUUGAUGGCCCUGAACAGCCACCGGACAAUCUCACUGUUGUACCGUCUGCACGAGGCGGCCACAGUGGUGCACAUCUCAAGGUCCUGAGAGGACAUCACAAUGCAACGAUUAUAUGUACGGCACGUCAUGUCACAUUGGCAAUGCCGUUGAAUGCAAGCAUACUCCUUGAUGUACAAUAUACUCCGUCAUUCGCAAUAACGCGCUUACCCGGCUUUGGAAUACCCAUCGUAGAGGGGAUACCCGUUAGUCUGAAAUGUGAGGUGGACAGCAAUCCGUCAAGUCUACCAGUGUGGCAACGUGAUAAUGGCCCACCACCAGUGGAGCAGAGUGAUGAUGGUUGGCUAAACUUCACAAAAAUCAGCAGAAACGACAGUGGUUGGUACAAGUGCUACACGAGACACAUCUCAGGCGUUUUCUCCAGCAUCGGAUACUUCCUCCACGCGCGAUUAAAUCCGGAUUCGGAACUGGAGGCAGCGGAGGCGUUAAAUGGCGAGGCGACAGACUCGAGAAAAGUGGAAGUACAAAUUGGUGGUGCUGUUACCCUUGAGUGUGAUGGUGGGUGUUGGGGCCAUGGGUCAAGUAUGGACCCCGUUGGAGGGCCUGGUGCAUUGGUUUUGGGGAGAGUUGUGUAUCAAGAUGCUGGAGAGUAUCGGUGUGUAGCACCAGACAGAAAAUUACAGGACACGUGGAGGGCACAACUGCCUUAUCACAUCACAGUCAAAGGAAGACCGAUGGUUCAUCCAGAGUUCCAAACCGUAACAGUUGCUGAGGGUGAGACCUUGAAACUUGCCGUUCAGUUUUGCGUCGAGUCGUCCUAUACCAAACUCCUCUGGCUGUCUUCCGAAAGUGUCUACACACCUGGGGGCCAUAUACGGAACGGCGUUCGUGUCUUAGAAGUCGAGCAUGGUGUCAGUGAAGCUUCAUGCUUCAGGACAAGCCUGCAAAUAGAAGCCGUCCAGUUGUCCCACGCGGGUGAGUGGCUAAUGAUCGUACGAUCACCCUCCGGUACCGCAGAUGCAUCCAUAUCGGUAAACGUGACACAAGCAUCAAGCUUCAGCAAUGGCCACAGCCAUGUCCACACUAGUCCAAUUGUUCUCAUCUGUCUCACUCUCUUCCUCCAACUACAACCGAAUUAAUUUACCUUGGAACAUUUUGUGGUGGUAAACACUUCAGUAUGUUCUAAUGUUGUUUACGAACGAUUCGACUGUCGAUAAUUCAUCAGUGGCUGCCACGUACAAACCCCUAGUGGCGGUUUUCACUGAUUCAUCCAUGAAAAUUAUCCGGUUAACCGGGGAAUAUUCGAGGUUCAACGGAAUCAAUUCCACGUUUCAUGUAUUUAAACAGUAUUUGAUUACUAGAGAAAGUACUUCCGCGAUGUGGAAAUAGAAUGAAAUUUACGAAAUCUCCAAUAUUUUAGUUUUUCUGUCCAUUUAAAUAUUUCGAUCGACAGAAUUUCCCAACGGAUUCCCAAGAGAAUAUGUUAAUUAUUCAUAAUUCCUAAUCAAUUACUUCUGAAUGAAAAACCAUUAAAAGACCCCUAUCGCAUUCUCAAUUGAUACAAUAUUAAUUUACAGUGAAUGAAAUACUAAUGAAUCGCUCAGUGAACCAUAAGUCGAACAGAAUUAAUUUCCAUUUUUUUAAUUUAAAUUUUUAUAGAAAAAUCUCCAUUGCCACUGACCUUACUUAAUGAACGGCAUUGAAAUAUUUGAUGUUAAUUCAAUUUUUCAGACGAAAACAUUGAAUAGCUAUUGUUGUCGGACACUAUAAAACAAAUAUUCGAUAUUAUUACCCCUAAAGUAAUGUAAAUAAUUGUAUAGAAAAUCAUUUAUAAGUGAUAAUUGAUAAUGAGAGACUGUUUGUAUAAUGAAUAUGAUGGGUAUAACAGGGAAGUAGAAUUUGAGGAUUUCGAAAUGGUGUUGACCAAUUGUUUUAUCAAACUGAAUUAGUAGCUGAACAAAUAAUUCCAUUGAAAAAUGGUAUCAAAAGAAUUAUUAGUCAUCGUAUUAAUUGAAUAUUUCGUUAAAUAAAUGCAUAAUUACACAAAACUGCUGUGUUUCAAAUUGCAGGUGAGUUUAUUCCAGCAAAUAGCGUUUUUUGUACUAAAAUAAUUCAUAACUAUUGAAACAAUUUCACUGGAAUGACGAUAAUUGUUUCGACUGCAUGAAAUAGCCGGUCGCGCAAUUAUUGAAUAGCUCCAUUGUCGAGCUUCAAUCAAUAAAUCGUUGUAAAUUAAUUUGUUCAAAUAAAUUUGUAAUGUGUAUAUAGUGAAUGUAUAUGGGUUUUAGAUGAGCGUAUGUUGUAUCGAUAAUUCGAAGAGUUGAAGGCGAAAAUGGUUAGGGGAUAUAUUUAUGAUUUGUUGAUAUAUUUUUAUAAACUUUUAUUUAGCCAAUAAGUUUACUUCUGCUUUCUCUAACAGUAUCUAUUGUUCUGGCGAUACUACUCUUUAAAAAAAUCUUGUCUAAGAAACUGUUGAAACGUAAUUAUAUAGGCUGUUGGGAAUUUAUCCCUAGAAUUUGGUGAAAAUUUCUGUGACGGUUUUUUUUCAUAACAAGUGCACACGGAGAAAAUUAUUUAGAGAAUUUGGAUAGAUAGCUGGUGAAUUUUAUUCGAUAGUCAUUUAUUUAACUCACGAGUAAUACUGGACAAUUUCCCCUGAAAAACCGAAACUCAUUUGCAUCUUCACUCCCAAAUUCGGGUGAAAAAUUUUCAACGGUACAGUGAUCUUCACCACUUCUGUACUUCAUUUUUUUCUACCCUUAUGUACAAAAUAUAAGAAAAAAAAUGUUCCCCUACAGUUAUAUAAAAUCCCCAGUAAAUUAUUACGAGGUUCGUUGAUAAUAAGAAUAAACAAUAAACAAAGAGUAAGAUAAUAUAAUUUUCAUUGUACUCUAAGAAACUGAAAAGUCAUUAUAAAAAUUAAAGACAUGGGAUUCGUGGGAAAUAGAAAAUAGAGUGGAAUGUCAAUUUUUAUGUGAUGAAGGAGCAAUGACCUGAGAUAGAAUUUUGAUUGUCGCUAGAAUGAUCGAUUUUCCUAUUCAAAUAUUUAACAAUGGCGCAGAUUAAAAAAACAGUUUAGAAUCGUUAUGGAACAGGAACGUGAUGAAAACAUUUUCACAUGUGAGUGCAGUCCGGCCAUCGAGUUCACUAUUAACCAGGAAAAAUCUAACAGAAAAAGCACAAAAGAAGAAACAAUGACAAAAAAAAUUAACCAAAUGUCGAAUGCACUAGCUGCUAAAAAAAAUGAAAGCAUGAGCAACGAGAUUCCAGUGAGACGAUAUUGCCGCACAAACACUGGUAGUUUACUUUUUCAAUCCAGUUGAAAAGCUCGAUACGCGAGUCAAUUUCAGUAAUGAAACGUAUCGCCAUACAGAAAACGGAAGGGGUUUUCAUUUCCUUGAGAGACUUCUCAGAAAAAUAGGUGACACCCUCAAACGAGAGGGAUUACAAGAGUUGUGUAGUGGUGAACAUUGUUUAUCGCAUGUGUAUUCCACAAGGAAAUUCAAUUUCAAAAAUUCAUUAAUAGUGAAACAUAGAAGUGAAAAAUAAAAAAAAAUCAAUUUUUUUUAUCAUUCACUCACGCUCUGAAGUCUAGUGAAGGCGAGUUCAUUCAAGAUUUAAGACACAAAAAUAUGUCUUAUCUGAAGCUUUCGGCACUGAUAGAAAGAAUAAGGCCUGGUCGAGAGAUUUUUAUUUGAGCCGAAUGUGAAUAUCAGUUCUCAAUAUUUCAAAUGUAUUUAAGGAGACUUUUCUUCAUUUGAAAUUGGUACAAAUAUUUAAUACUUGCUUCAAGAGAAUACCAUCUCAAUAAAAAAAAUUUCUAUCAGUGUGGUGAUAAAAAAAUUCCAAUAUCUCCUUUAUUCAAAAACCAACAGGAAAAAGACCUAAACCUAUGUCUCCAAUUAAUAUGUAAAUAAAUUAACUCAAGUAAGUAAUUUGUCAGACGUGUACAGACCACUAGAGAAAGCGCCUAUAAAUUGAUGAAGAGUCAACCGAAAGUAAAAGAUUCACCUAAAAACAAUAAAAUGCGAUAUAACGAAAAAUGUGUCAAAUUGAGCACAAAAUAGUCAUUUAUUGACUGUACUAAUUCUUUAGUUGAUAACAGAGAACUGCCAACAUGGUGUGUAUAAAUAAAUGAAUAAAAACAAUUUGAUGUAUGAACAAACGAUGAAGAGAGCUAGUACUAUAUACUCGAAGGAAAAAAAUGUCACUUGAUAGUGUUAAAAUGCUAUUGAAGUAAAACUGUAUACGUCCAAAGGUGAAACGAUUUUCACUCGGUUUUCAAUUUAUUUUAUCCCAUCCUUGUGCAACAUAUCAUUCUUAUUUACCCACGUACUAUUUCCGUUUCUGUAUCGUGGUGAAUAAAGUGUGUUAUUUCGGUGGGUUAAAACCUCCUCGCACGUUAUGUUUGACGUGCAUUGCUUUUAGGAAGGGAAUAAAUUCGAUUUAACCACUAACAUAUUUUUGAUAUAUACAUAUAUAUAUAUAUAUAGAUUUAGUCUCUCUCCUCCAUCAUCGGUAAUUCUUGAAAAUGGAUAACGGCAAUGCACUUCUUGUCGGUUUAUUUACCCCUCCCCCACGAUACAAAUCAAGUUGAAUCGAGUGCAAUUAGCGAGAGGCGAGAGAGAUCGCUUUUUUAUUCUCUCUCUCCCUCUCAGAGAGGAGCGAGUCACUACUCUUUGCCUUUUAACGUCUCACAAAGUCGAAUAGAAUCUGAGAUGCCAGUAAAUUACUUUUAACUUUUCUCAGAGGUGAAAAAUUACGGGAGUUGCGAGGCAAUGGGAGAGCUUAAACUACCAUUUGGGCCACACGUACUUUUGCCUUACUAUGAAGCUAUUAUUCUAGUUUCUGGCUGUAGUGAACAACGGUUCAUCUUGGUUUUCCAGUCAUUUAAUUAUAUCGGGGAAAGGAAAAUUAAUUAACGGAGUGGAAUUUUUUUCUACUUUAGAGGAAAUUGUGGAGUUAGUGGAAAUUAGAUGAAUUAUUUGUUCGGACGAGACAUAAUGAAUUGAUUUCAAUGAGAUGUAAUGGGCCAUAAUUUUAGAAACAAUAUUCACUUAGAGAAACCGCUCUUUUCCAAAAUAAUGUUUCUUUAUAAAUAGGAGAAAAUAAAGAUGAAAAUUGUCAUAUUAAUUCAUUCAAAAAUUUACCUCGCAAAGUCAAAUGAAAUUAAAAAAAGAUCCUUUUGCAAACGAUCAUAGCCACUGGGUAGGGGUGUCAGUUUAAUUCUACGAAAGUGCCACUCGUACACCUAAUGAGAAAAUUGCGCUCUAAAUGCUAAUGUUCUCAUUUUCAGACCCACGCCACGGACUCUCCCGAGUAGUGGAGAUUUUAAAGGCCCUCCACACUGCUAACCGACACCAGCCCCUUUACUAUCCCCCAAGCGAUUUUUUUUUUCUGAGCCCCCAUCAAAGUCCAAAGGGAAUUUAUUCCCAGAGACAUCGGAAAAAUCAGCUUCAUCGUCGUAAAAUCCACGGAAAUUCGUCAAGAAUACGUACAUUCGUUUCUAGGCGCUAAA